AUGAGUCUGGGCAUCAUGGAGGAGGAGGAUCUGGCCGAGUACUUCCGGUUGCAGUAUGGGGAACGGCUGCUGCAGCUGCUGCAGAAGUUCCCCAGCAUUGAGGACCACUCAGACUCCCCAUCCAUCCGGCUACUGGAGAAGAAGAAAGAGGCCAAGAUCAUGCACCAUGCCAUGCAGCAGAAGAAGGAGACAUUUCAGCGCAGAAUGGAAACCCUGAACCUGCGCUGGGAGGAGCUGGGAGUCAAGGAGGCCCAGCUGAAAGCCCACAUACAGAAGUUUGAGCAGUUCAUCCAGGAGAACGACCAGAAACGGAUCCGGGCCCUGAAGAAGGCCAACAAGGAGCGAGAACUCAAGAGGCAGUGCACACGCGAGCUGGCCAAGGCCAAGCAGGAGAUGGCGGCCCUGCGGCUGGAGCACCAGCGGCUGAGCGCCAAGCUGCAGGAAUACUCCAUCUUCAACAAGUACCUGGAGAAGGUGGUGGAGAACUCCGAGUUCGAAGAGAUCCACGAGGUGAUCGCGCGCUACAAGACGCUGGUGAGCAUGCACGAGGACCUCAUGCAGUCGGCGCAGGAGGGCCAGGAGAAGGUCGAGCGCGCCAAGGCCCGGCUGGCGCGCUACAAGGAGGAGAAGGACGACGAGAUCCUGCAGCAUAACAACGAGCUGGCGCGCCUGCAGAUGCGCUUCGACCGCGCCCGCAGCGACGUCAUCAUCUGGGAAUCUCGCUGGGCACACAUCCAGAACACCGCCGCCAAGAAGACCCUCUUGCUUGGCACCAUUAAGAUGGCAACGCUGAACCUCUUCCAGAUCGUGAGCAAGCAGCUGAAGGAGGCGAGCCUCGUGUCCCUGGAGGACACACACAAACAGCUGGACACGAUCCAGCAGUUUAUCCAGGACCUGUCAGACAUCUGGGCAGAGGUGAAGAAGAAGGAGCAGCAGCAAGUCCGGGUUUAAGGAGCAGCCAUGGUUCCAGAAUGUUCUGAGACAGAGAAGGGAGAGAGAAAGUUCCCGGUGACCUUGCCGUCCAGUCAGCCCAGUCCAGCCCUCUGGGA